CGUCACUGGAACCUUCAGCUGUCAGACUUUGGCCACCCCUAAAAGUGCAGUUUUUGUUAGCAAACUAACUCGAACUAUAUACCCCGCGUCGACUUCAUUUAAAGUUGUGCAUAGAUCUGCUAAUCGAUCAUUACAGCCGCGAGUUAAUGAUAAAAGCACGGAGAUUGCACGGCGGUGAACAAUCUUUUUAUCGCUGCUAGUUUUUUGCACGACAAGCCACCGAUCCUGAGCGGGUGUAAGGGUAGAUGCAGGGAGGGAGGGAGUAAAAAAAAGGCAAAAGUCUUUGUGCUUCCCUUCCCCCUCAUCAAAGCAAAGGGGAAAUGUCUCUUUCUAAAGGAGGGAAGAAGAAAAACCCUGGGCUGAAGCUGUCCAAAGAAGUGUUUGAGCAGCCCCCACCAGUGGCAGCAGCGCCCCCUCGAGAUCUCGACUGUAAAGCUUGUGUCACCAUCGGAGAUAAGAACUUUGUGGUGAAGGCAGAUGACUUGGAGCAGAUUGAAGAGCUGGGGAGGGGAGCGUACGGGGUGGUGGACAAGAUGAGACAUGUGCCCAGUGAUGUUAUCAUGGCUGUCAAGAGGAUCCGUGCCACAGUCAACACCCUGGAGCAGAAGAGGCUGCUGAUGGACCUGGACAUUUCCAUGAGGACAGUGGAUUGCUUCUACACCGUCACCUUCUAUGGCGCCCUCUUCAGGGAGGGGGAUGUUUGGAUCUGUAUGGAGCUGAUGGACACCUCUCUGGAUAAGUUCUAUAAGAAUGUUAUCAAGAAAGGAAUGACUAUCCCCGAGGACAUUUUGGGCAAGAUCACAGUAGCAAUUGUCAGGGCAUUAGAGCAUCUGCACAGUAACCUGUCAGUAAUACACAGAGAUGUGAAGCCCUCCAAUGUUCUCAUCAACACUCAGGGCCAGGUUAAGAUGUGUGAUUUCGGCAUCAGUGGCCACCUGGUGGAUUCUGUAGCCAAAACUAUGGAUGCAGGCUGCAAGCCCUACAUGGCGCCUGAGCGGAUAAACCCUGACCUCAACCAGCAAGGCUACAGCGUCAAGUCUGACAUAUGGAGUCUUGGAAUCACCAUGAUUGAGCUGGCCAUUUUGAAGUUCCCAUACGACUCAUGGGGCACCCCAUUCCAGCAGCUCAAACAGGUGGUGGAUGAACCAUCUCCCCAACUGCCUGCCGACCGCUUCUCCCCUGAAAUUGUGGAUUUCAGCUCCCAAUGCUUAAGAAAGAAGCCAAGUGAGAGGCCAGCUUACACAGAAUUAAUGCAACAUCCCUUUUUCACCUUGCAUGACUCCAAAGACACAGACGUGGCCAGUUUCGUCAAGGACAUCCUGGAUGAUUGAUGGGCUCCCUCCCAGCCCCACCCCACCAGGGUAGGCGGGACAUCUCCAUUAAUGAUCCAAUGGCCUACCUUUUAAACUCACUGGAAUGACAUACUCAGACUCUCAUGCACCCACACACAAUAUGGGGGUGACCCAAAGACUGAAACCAGCCCAACAGCACUGGAGUGGGAGAGUGGUGGUAAUAUGAACUCAUAUGGUCCAACCAACUGGAGAGGUUUAAUUCACUCCUCCCAGCUUCCUGUGUGUGCAAUUAUCCAAAAUGACACGUAUGAACUGAAUCCUUGUGUUUUGUUGUUCUGUCCUGCCCCCUUCCUCCCCACGCCCUUCUCCCCCUCCUCUUUCUUUGGAACAGACAGAGCCAGCCAUUAUUUCUUUGUGACACAUUGUAUUUCAUCUGCAAAACCAACAGUUAAUGUGUAUGUUUUUUUGUGUAAAGAAAGCUAUAUUUGCAUAUGCAUUUGUACGUUAUCUCAUUAUACAGUUUUUUGAUACUGUAUAUUGCAGUCGUGUGAAUUACUAUGGCCUUAUGUGUCAAAACACAUCAGGUGAACAGUCUGGCCUGGCUCUGUGCCUUGCCCUGAGGUGAUUGGUCACUGCAGUGGUACAGUUGUCGCAGGCCAGGGGUCAACACAAAGCAUGCUGCAAAGUGAGAAAUGUCUAAGGUCAAAUGGUGGGCAGGACGGGUCUGCAAGGCAUUCCUAGAUCUCAUGGCGGUUCUCCGCAUGAGGCAAGAGUGUAAUGUCAUUUGAUCUUAUCUUAUGCAGCGACCCCGGAGUACACCGCCCUCCCUCGCUUUGCUCUUCAAUAUCAGAUUGAGGGUUGGCCUCUAAUGUAAACAGUUCUGAUGCUAUUACUACUUGGAGGUGUUCAGGGGCUCCCUGUUCAAGCUCACAGCUUUAUCUUGCUCGCUGUGUGCCAUUUUGAAAAUUGUUGUCAUGAAUUAUUACAUUUAUUCCGUACAUGUGUGUUUUUUUUUCCUCUUUCUCUCUGUUUUGGACAUGAUUUGGCCCUGCUUUUUUUUUUUUUUUUUUGGGCAGCAUUUAAACAUUCUUCCCUUUGCUUACAUUUCUGAAUGCUGGAGUCAGUAUCAUCUUUUUCAUCUGAGGCACUUAUUUUUUUCAGAGACCUUAUUAUGCCUUACACAUACAGUAUGUUAGGGAAAUAAUUUAUGUGGUGAAGAUGUAAAUACUAUAUUUUUUUUUUUUUAUGUAACAUAUCACUGUCAUAACAGGCAGUGCAAAUGUUCCUAGAGUGGUUGAUGAUUACUUUUAAUGCAGUGUGACACAUGCGUACACAUACACACAGGGCCAGCUGACUCCUGUACACCCAUUUUGGAUUGAUGUGCUGUCAAGCUCCACCACUCAGGUUUCUGUGCCCUGCUUUAUGCGAAAGCAGCCCUAUUUUUUUGUUUUUGUUUUGUUUUGUUUUUUGUUUUUUUUUCCCAGGUCGUACUCUUCCUGAGUGCUGGAUUGAGAGCCUCUAUGUAGGCGAUGGUAGGCAGCCAUCAUCUCUUCUGUCUAACUGUACUAUGCAGUGCCCCUUAGCCUUGGACACACAGCAAGAGGCCCUCGCCAUGUGGCACUUUCCCCACUCCAAGUGUUCAGAGACUGUGAUGGUGGUGAUGGUGGUGGUGACGAUUAGCGAUGAGGAUGACUGCCAUGCCUCUGUUCAUGGCCAGCACUCGAGGCCUCUCUGGUUUACACUGUAGUGCGAUCUUUAUCAAAAGUCAGUGAGUUUGGAGUAUUUAUGAUUGUGAAUAAGAAGGGAAAGCUAGCAACGCCACAAAGAAGCUGCUGUAAUUUUGUUUUGUUAGUCGGCCUUCUUUGGAUGGCCAUUCCCAUGGUGUGUAAAAGUGAGUUUUUACGCUGAUCACAAUGAGAAUGGAACACUUGCUCUACCUCUUACUCCUUCACUCUGUUUGCCACCUCUUCAUUGGGUGGGACUGACAAACUUGAACUUCGGGAAGACAAAAAUAAAGGCUUUAUUCUUCAUUAA